AUGGCUGGAGCUUUGAUCGGAGAGGCCUUUAUUUCUGCUUCCAUCCAGGUGAUUUGUGACAGAAUUGCUUCACCCGACUUCAUCGACUUAUUUCGGCACAAGAAACUCGAUCAACCUCUCCUCAUGAAACUGGAGACGACGCUGUUGACCUUGAACGCAUUGCUCGAUGAUGCAGAGGAGAAGCAAAUUGAGAAACCAAGGGUGAGAAAGUGGCUUGACGACCUCAAACACGCUGUCUUUGAUGCGGAAGACUUGCUGGAUGAGAUCAACUAUGAAGCUUUGCGAUGCAAGCUCGAAGGUGAAGCUCAAACAGCGGACAAAUUUACCAACAAGGUGUGGAACUUGCUCCCUACUUCUCGUAAUAAGUUUUAUCAAAGAAUGAAUGUUAAGAUACAAGAGUUGUUACGAAAACUAGAAAACUUUGUACAACUGAAAGGUGCUCUUGGUUUGACAGAAGUUGUUGGGAGGAAGGUUUCACAAAGAACUCCAACAACUUCCUUGGUUCAUGAACCUUUUGUAUAUGGUAGAGAUGAAGUCAAAGAAAAUUUAUCAAAACUGUUGUUCUCUGAUGACGCAAGCAAGGAGGAUGUGUCCGUCAUCACUAUUGUUGGAAUGGGCGGGGUUGGCAAGACAACCCUUGCCCGCAUGCUUUACAAUGAUGAUAAGGUGAAAGGGCAUUUUACACUUAAAGCUUGGGCUUGUGUUUCAGAAGACUAUGAUGCUAUCAGGGUAACUAAAACUCUUCUUGAGUCAGUCACUUCCAAACCUAGCAAUACGACAGAUCUGAAUUUGCUUCAAGUUGAACUAAGAGAACAACUCAGGGGGAAGAAAUUUUUAUUUGUGUUGGAUGAUCUUUGGAAUGAGAAAUAUUCUGAUUGGAACUGCCUCCAAACUCCUUUUACUUCAGGGGCAAGGGGAAGUAAAGUCAUCGUAACAACACGGAACAAAAAUGUAGCAUCUUUCAUGCAAAAUGUUCCUACUCAACCCUUGGAACCAUUGUCGCAUGAAGAUUGUUGGUCAUUACUUGCGAAACAUGCAUUUGGAAAUGUAAGCUAUAGUUCACAUCCAAGCUUGGAAGAAAUCGGCAAGAAAAUUGCACGCAAGUGCAAUGGGUUGCCUUUAGCUGCACAAACACUCGGCGGUCUGUUACGUUCUAGGCUAGACUCCGAGGUAUGGAACAGAGUACUAAACAGCAGCAUUUGGGAGUUACCUUACAAGAAAAGUGACAUUCUUCCUGCUCUAGGAUUGAGUUAUCAUUAUCUUCCAGCUAAGUUAAAGCGAUGCUUUAUUUAUUGUUCAAUUUUGCCAAAAGACUAUGAAUUCAAGGUAGAAGAUGUUGUUUUUCUUUGGAUGGGAGAAGGUUUAAUUCCCCAAUCUGAGAAUGGGGAAAGAAUGGAAGAGAUAGCUAAGGAAUAUUUUGAUGAACUGUUAUCCAGAUCAUUGUUUCAAACGUCGGGGAAAUCAAGUUUCGUUAUGCAUGAUCUCAUCAAUGACUUGGCUGUGUUCAUGUCUAAAGGAUUUUGUUCCAGGUGGGAAGGGAGGGAAUUACAUGAAGUAGAAAGAGUUCGCCAUUUGUCAUAUGCUAGGGAAUAUUUUGAUGUUGCUCUUAAAUUUGAGCCAUUAAAGGGGGCUAAGUGUUUGCGGACCUUCCUACCUACCCCUUUAAAUACUUAUCAAGAGUAUUAUCUAAGUAAAAAGUUUGUACAAGAUUUGUUGUUGUCACACAGAUGUUUACGGGUGUUGUCAUUGUCACGUUAUAGGAAUGUCACUCAGCUACCUGAUUCUAUUAAAAAUCUUAUUCACUUGCGCUAUUUGGAUCUCUCUCGUACUACAAUUGAAAGGUUACCUGGUGUAGUUUGCAGUUUGUACAAUUUGCAAACGUUACUAUUGUCAAAUUGUUCAUCUCUCAUUGAAUUACCUGUAGACUUCAGAAAAUUGACAAAUUUACAAAAAUUAAUGCUGGGAGGUUGUCGGUCUCUUGCUAAAUUGCCUAUAGACCUGUGGAAAUUAAGUAGUUUGUAUCAUCUUGAUGUGAGUGGAACUAAAAUUACAAAGAUGCCAUCGCAAAUGAGUAGACUAAAAAGUUUGAGAACUUUGACUGCUUUUGUUGUGGGGAAAUCUACUGGGUCGACCACUGGGGAGUUGGGGGAGCUUCCACAUCUUCGAGGAAAACUUUCAAUUCUAAAUCUGCAAAAUGUAGUUGAUGCUAAGGAUGCCGUGCAGGCCAAUUUGAAGAAUAAGAAGUAUCUGAAGGAGUUAAAGUUCGGAUGGGGCGAUGAAGACUCGGAUGAUUCCGAAAAAGUGAGAGAUGUACUUGACAAGCUCCAGCCUUCAAUUAGUUUGGAGAAACUGACCAUCCAAUUCUACGGUGGAACCAACUUCCCGAAUUGGUUAGGAGACUCAUGCUUCUCUAACAUACAAGUCAUGUGUCUUAGCGAUUGUAAAUAUUGUUGGUCGCUGCCACCAGUUGGGGGGUUACCUGCUCUCAAAGAGCUUUAUAUAGAAAGGAUGAACUUUGUUAAGAUAAUUAGUGUUGAGUUCUAUGGCAGAAAUGGAGCGUCUCUAAUUCAGCCAUUUCAAUCACUGGAGAAGUUGGAGUUUCAGGAGAUGGCAGAGUGGGAGGAAUGGGGAGGAUUGCCCACUCCCAACCUUACUUCGCUGCGAGUUGUUGAGUGCGAGAAGUUGAAGUCAUUACCUGAACGCAUUCACACCCUCACAGCUCUUGGAAAUUUGAAUAUAAGCAAUCUUCCAAAUCUGGAGUCAAUUGCAGAAGAUGGGGGUUUGCCUCCUAACCUCCGAUAUUUUAGCAUUCAGAAUUGUGAGAGACUGAGGGCUUCAUCUUCAUUAGUGGGAGACUACUGUAACUGGGGUUUGCAAGCACUUGUCUCCCUUGAAGAAUUUACAAUUGGAGGCAGGGGAAGUGAUGAAAUCAUGGAGACAUUGCUCAAGCAACAGCUGCUCCCGACCACUCUUCGCACUCUCUGCAUCGAGGAACUUUCAACUCUGAAAUCUUUGGAUGGAAAAGGACUUGCACACCUUACUGUUCUUCGAAGUCUAUCUAUUCGUGAGUGUAAAAGUCUGGAAUUCCUGCCAGGAGAGGCACUUCAACACCUCACUUCUCUUCAAAAGCUAUAUAUUAAUGACUGUCCGAGUCUCCAAUUCCUGCCAGAAAAGGCACUUCAACACCUCACUUCUCUUCAAGAGCUAUAUAUUUCUGACUGUCCGAGUCUCCAAUUCCUGCCAGAAGAGGGUCUGCCGCCAUCUCUUUCUUAUCUGAGGAUCUCCGAUUGUUCUGCCCUGGAAAAAAGGUAUCAGAAUAAGACGGGACAAGAUCAUUGGGCCAGCAUAUCUCACAUUCCAUGCAUCCGGAUAAAUGAUGAAGUCAUCAUAUGA